GCCGUCGCGAGGAGAGGGACACCGAAAUGACGUGAUCCCCAUUCCAUUCCGUUCACCCUCAGUUAUCACUGCAGCAGCCAGCAGCUGCUGCCCUUGAAAGAUCCCACCACCUUCAUCCUCCACUCCUUCCCUCACCACACUCCCCACUCCACUCCAGGCUGACAACCGCACAAUGCAGCCGCGUACCCUCCCCCUGCUCCUCCUCCUCCUCGCCGUCCUCGCCUUAUCCCCGAGAGCCGCCGUCUCUCGCCACCACUCCCAAGCGGGGGCCACCGAGACGCUCGACGUCGCCGCAUCCCUCUCCCGCGCCCGCGCCGCGCUCUCUACCGACGCCGCCUCGCUCCACCAGUCCGCCGCCGAGGCCUCCCCCGUCCGCAAGCACUCCUCUCGUUCAAGGAAGGACAGUGGAGGCCUCACGCUGCGGCUGCACUCCCGGGACUUCCUGCCGGAGGAGCAGGGCCGGCACCAGAGCUACUGGUCCCUCGUCCUGUCCAGGCUGAGCCGGGACGAGGCCCGCGCGGCGGCGGUGUCGGCCCGCGCUGCGCUGGCGGCGGAUGGGGUGACCCGCUUGGACCUGCGCCCGGUCAACGAGUCCGCGGUGUUCGCGGCCUCCGCGGCGGCGAUACAGGGCCCCGUGGUGUCAGGCGUCGGGCAGGGAAGCGGCGAGUACUUCUCCCGCGUGGGAAUCGGGAGCCCCGCGCGGCAGCUGUACAUGGUGCUCGACACCGGCAGCGACGUAACCUGGGUGCAGUGCCAGCCCUGCGCCGACUGCUACCAGCAGUCGGACCCCGUCUUCGAUCCCACCCUCUCCACCUCCUACGCUGCCGUCUCCUGCGACUCCCCGCGCUGCCGCGACCUCGACGCCGCCGCGUGCCGCAACUCCACGGGCGCGUGCCUCUACGAGGUGGCCUACGGCGACGGCUCCUACACCGUCGGGGACUUCGCCACCGAGACGCUCACGCUCGGGGACUCGCAGCCCGUCAGCAACGUCGCCAUCGGGUGCGGCCACGACAACGAGGGUCUCUUCGUCGGCGCCGCGGGUCUGCUGGCGCUCGGCGGGGGGCCGCUCUCCUUCCCGUCCCAGAUCUCGGCCACCACCUUCUCCUACUGCCUCGUCGACCGCGACUCCCCGUCCGCGUCCACGCUCCAGUUCGGCGACGGCGUCGGCGACGCGGACACGGUCACCGCGCCGCUCCUCCGCAGCCCGCGCAGCAACACGUUCUACUACGUUGCCCUCUCCGGCAUCUCCGUGGGCGGGCAGCCGCUCUCCAUCCCGCCCUCCGCCUUCGCCAUGGACGCCACCUCCGGCGCGGGCGGCGUCAUCGUGGACUCCGGCACGGCCGUGACCCGUCUCCAGUCCUCGGCCUACGCGGCCCUCCGCGACGCGUUCGUCAGCGGCGCGUCCUCGCUGGCCCGGACAUCCGGGGUGUCGCUGUUCGACACGUGCUACGACCUGUCGGACCGUACCAGCGUGGAGGUGCCCGCGGUGGCGCUGCGGUUCGAGGGCGGCGGGACACUGCGGCUGCCGGCGAAGAACUACCUGAUCCCCGUGGACGGGGUCGGCACCUACUGCCUGGCGUUCGCGCCGACGAACGCGGCAGUGUCCAUCGUCGGGAACGUGCAGCAGCAGGGCACCCGCGUCAGCUUCGACACCGCCAAGGGCACCGUCGGCUUCACCCCCAACAAGUGUUAGCUUAUCUUAAGCUUCAGUAUUAGUGGAAGUGUUUUAAUUAGCGGCCAGGCGGAGUGAUUAGUGGAGGUAAUUAAGCGGAGUGGGGUGGGGCGGAGAGGGGAGGCCUGGGGAGAAGCGAAAGGCAAAGGCGAGGACAUGCCAGCCUGUGCGAUGGGUCUAGUUUCUUCUGUCUUGUGAGUGUGUGCGCUUGCGUGUCCAUCGUUUGGGUUCGUUCGGGUGGGUGUGCAUGGAUCUAGUGUUUCCGUCUAAUUUUAUGGUGAAAUAGACGUUUCCAUUCCUUGGAAA